CAGCGUGACUUACAGUUGGCUUCCUGUUCCCUGAAGGUACCUCUCCACUACAUCUGCCUGCACGUUGCCAUGAUCCCAUCAUGAUGAUAAUGGACUGAACCUCUGAAAAUGAAUGUUUACUUAAAUGUGUUCCAUGAAUGAACUUAAUGCUGGAAUGUUUAUUCACACAUUUCCUAUGUAAGGGCAUGCUAUCUUGACAAAAGAAGUUUAUGUGGCAGGAGCAUGCAUCAUUAUCACACUUCCAGAACUUGUCACAGUUCACAGUUUACAUCUCAAGCUUACAAUGGACCCAUUGAGAGUCUGUGGCGAUGCAAAGACCUUGAGGACCCCAAGACACAAGCGUGCGUCAACCCCAUCUCUUCCCCCAGAUACCUAUCAGGGCCAACACUGGCAUCCAUUGGCUCUGAAACUUGGCUGUGCUGGGCUGAUCCUUCUUUUCUUGGGCCUGAUUGGACUCAGUGUCUUAGUGCGAUUCUUAGUGCAAAAAUCACCAACAGAAAAAUACAGUGUGACUGCUCAAGAGAACAGGACUGAAUCAACAGGAAGAUCAGUCAUACUGAAGUGUCCGAGAGAUUGGCAUCCAUACCAGGAUAAAUGCUUACAUCUUUCUCAAACUUCUGGACCUUGGGCUGAAGGUCUAACUUACUGCUCUGUGAAAGAAGCCACUUUGCUGCUCAUUGAAAAUGAAGAAGAAAUGAGAUUCAUUCAUGAUUUCUCAAAGAGAAAAAGACAGCAGUUUUUUAUUGGACUAAAUUAUGUACCACCAGAGAAAACCUGGAAGUGGAUAAAUGGCUCCAUAUUAAAUCCUGAUUUAUUAAGAAUCAUGGGCACUGAAGAAGAAAACAGCUGUGCAGUCAUCUCACAGACAGAAGUGUUUUCUGACUUCUGUUCUUCAGAUAACCGCUGGAUCUGCCAAAAGAAACUGAGCCAUGACUGCAGUCCUUGUCCUGAUUCCUGAUUGUAAAUGGCAUCUUUAUUCCUUUGCCUUCCACACGAGAUUGGUGCACUGAAUGUCAAAGCUGUCGUUCCUUGGCCCUCCCAGUGCAGUUAGUGACACAAAGCAUGGACUCCAAAAACACUGUGACUCCUACAGAUGCUCACUCCCAUGACUUUAUACUGUAACCAAUGUUUUUAUUGUAUAAAUGUAAAUGCACAUGGGUGCAGAUGUGCCAUUAGAAGAGAGGUGUUCUGUAGAAGGAUGUCCAGGACAGCAGAGGGCGCUGAAGGCCUUGUGUGGCCCUUGCUGAUCUCUGUCCACGAGGUCAUCUUGCAGACAGCUACAGAAAACUGUUUGCAAAAUCCUGACUCUAGACUCUACUCCAAGCUAUCUUACAACCUUGAUUAAAUGUUUGACCUUGACACCAGAGGCACAUAGUUAAGGAUCUAGGGAAGGGAAGAGUUUGGUUUGAUUGAUACCUCCAAAUUAAUCAAGUCAAUAAUUAACUAAUGUUGUGAUAAUGAGAGUAACUCUAGGUAAAAUGAACUCUGUCCACGUGAUGCCUCCCACACUGUGGUGUUAUUGUACCAGUAGACUCUGGGUUGAUGCUGGUGCAUUGACUGGACUUGUCAGUCUCCAGAGCUGUGAGACAAGAGGGUCUCUUACCCUCAUAUUUCUUGUUAUGGCAACAAAAAAUGGACUAAUACGGGGACUUGUCUCUUCCCACCAUUCCAAAGGCCUUUCCAUUUUAAUUCUCUCAUCACUUCUUUCUUCUGCACCUCUCUAUAUCUUAUGACAUAUACUGUAGAAAGUAUGCAGCUAAAUAUUUGGUUAUUUUAGU